CCUCCGCCGACCGGCGCAGCAUCGAGCGCGACGCCGCCAGCGCAGUCGGUCUUCAACCAUCACCAGCAGCAGCAGCAGCUGUUCGAUACUCGCAGCAGACCGCAGGCCCGAUUCCGCAGCGUUCCCAGCGACCGUCUUUCCCGCGUUACCAAGGCCUCCCCAAUCUUCCUUUCCCACGCCUAGAUACCUCCUGGUCCGAGUAUACUUUUCCCAGCAGCUAUGGCCGAAAGUAUCAAAGCAGGUACUAAAGGCAGUGCCAAUUUCAUGCGUCAAUUCAGGGACAAGAAGACUAGGGAGCUCAAGAAUCUGACGGCCAGCCAGUUCAUGGACGUCUGGAGCCACUAUGACAAAGACGGCAACGGAUUCAUUGAAGGCCGGGAACUGGACAACUUCCUCCGCGAGUUCGUAUCGAGCGUCAGCUUGUCCGAUGUAGGCCCGGAAGUCGUAUCGGAAUCUAUGCUGGAGGAGCUUAAGGAGUGCUUCAUGGAAGCGUACGACGACAACAAGGACGGGAAGAUUGAGAUCCGUGAGUUGGCCCAGUUGUUGCCGCUGGAGGAAAGCUUCCUGCUGUUGUUCAGAUUUGAUAAUCCCUUGGAAUCCAGUGUCGAGUUCAUGAAGAUAUGGAGAGAGUAUGACACAGACGGAAGUGGAUACAUCGAAGCGGAUGAGCUCAAGAACUUCCUCAAAGAUUUGCUCCGUGAAGCCAAAAAGGACAGCAUCGAAGAGGACAAACUUAUUGAAUACACUGAUACCCUGCUGCAGAUAUUCGACAGCAAUAAAGAUGGAAAGUUACAACUGAGCGAAAUGGCCAAGUUGCUUCCAGUGAAAGAGAACUUUCUCUGUCGGUCGGCCUUUAAGGGCGCAAGCAAGUUAACAAGGGAAGACAUAGAGAGAGUUUUCGCCCUCUACGACAGGGACAAAAACGGCACAAUAGAAAAUGAAGAACUGAAGGGAUUCCUCAAGGACCUUCUGGAACUGGUCAAAAAGGACUACGAUGCGCAGGACCUGGACGAGUUUCAGGAGGCCAUACUCCGAGGUUGCGACUUCAACAAAGAUGGAAAGAUCAGUAAGAAGGAGCUCACCAUGGUGCUUCUGGCCUUGGCCAAGCACUCCGCCGACGAGGAUGGCAAAUAAGCGUCAACAGCAUCUACCCCGUUUUCUCUGUCUUUGUCUAUGGCCACGGACCUCAUAGUAUCGACAUUUUGCGCCUUUUUCCUCUCCUCUUCUGAUACCAAGGUAAUCCAGUUCAAGGAUCGCUUGCACCAUGACACGCGACUGCAGACGAGAAGCUGGAAAGAAAGUCAUCUUAGGGGGUGUCAGCAGUGGGACGAGAGCUUCCAAGUGUAACAACCCUGUGACUAAAAGUUGGUCCUUGGUUCCUUCUUUUUUCAUGCCAACUUGCUGCUGUCCUGCUGGAACAACGUACUUAUCAUGUACUAAAUCUUGUACUGCUCUUAUUGCAGACAUUUCAUUUCAGAGGUGGGUUAGUAGUCUUACGUUGUCCCAUUACUUUGAAAAUGUACAACACGAUAAACCACUUACACGACUUAUUCAGUUAGAAGCAAAGUUCUUGUUAACAGUGUCUCUGAUGACAUGUGAAACUGUUGAACGCUGUUAUGGCACUCUUGCUGAUUGGUGCUACAGCGCGAUGUCUAGAAUUCCGUGUUGCACAGCUUCUGGACGCAUCAUUGCGCAAAGAGGAAUGUCACGCUACUUGGUGUCUGCGUUUGUAAUAUGGCUCAAGCGUCUACUGAAACAGAGGCAAAUAAUAAAUAAAAGUUUUAAAAAAUGUUACUUAGUUUAGUCGUUGUAGGUAGCAAAAAAUUAUCUGUGGAAAAGCGGAGCUGAAUUGGCAAAACAAAAAUUAGAAAGGUUUUAUAUGAUAUAUUUCACAAAUAAUAUUUAGUGUGAAUGUUACUACAGCUUACCCGCUUCGUUGUCAAAAUAUUUUCCAGUCGAGUUCUCCAGUAUUUUCCAGAUAUAGCAUAAAUAAGGUUUAGGCCUUUCUAGGGCACACUCUUGCUCAUGAACAAAGUGCAAGCUGGGAUUGGUUUUGGUGAUAACACAGAAAAAGAAGAAAAAAAAACAUUAUUUGCUGCACUCUGAGUGUGCUGCCCUCCGUGUUAAUAAGAAGUGAUGCGCACUAUGUCAUGGAUUGCGUCACGAUUGUGGUGGUUGUGCCUGAAUGCUGUCAGACAGCAUGGUGGCGUUCCGCGCAUUUAGCAACAGCUUCUGAGUGUAAUUGUUUCCGAGUUUGUUCGUUUGUUAUUCAGCUCACAUUUUUGUGCAAGACUGUGAUGUAUCUGCAUGGCAUCUGAUGUGGAGCUCCCCAUGGUAGAACCCAAAGAACGCUCAAUGCAGUAAAUGGUUUUCUAAGUAGAGGAAAGAGGGAGAUGCAUAACAAAGGAAGCUUGCUGAACCUCAAGGUUCAAAACAGAGGCCCGAGGGGCCUUGGGUUGCACUUGUAUUACUUACUUCUAUUGCUUGUAUUAAUUAGCACAGAUCCCCUAACAAUGUGUUGUAACAUUUGCCACACAUGGUGUGUCGCAGGCAUUUGGAAAGGCGUCUCCUGUGUUAGCCAGUGUCUCUGCCCCCAACUUCCUCUGGCAGUGACACGUCUAUUACCUGCAGUUUGAAAAGUAGGACAUCUAAAAUGCUACACUCCAUGUGCUCUCUGUUGCAAAUAACGGUUGUGCUGCAGAAGGAGAUAUUUUGUUACCAUGUUUCAUAAAAUUCAGUACUUCAAAGCAGUUUGAAGUUGGACUUCAAAGACAUAGUGAAAUUAAGUCGAACAGUGUUUUUGAUCGAGUUAUGUUAACUGCAUGAAGUAUGGAAUUGAUGACAUGUUCCUUAUAUGGAGAAGUACCGGGUUCAACACAAAGGAUAAAAUUACUGUAUUACAGAUUUAGGGUUGUGCCAAACGUCAGAAUGGUGGAUCCCAUAUUAACUCCAUGAAUAAAACUAACGUGAGUCUUUUUUUUUUUUUUUUCAACUGGCAUAGUUUCAUUCUGGCAGGCUUUUCAUUCCCUGUGGGACUGCGCAUAGUUAUCGAAAGUAGGUCCAAUUCUACAAUGCCAAACUUUUUUUUUACAGUAUACGUCACGCACAAUGAAUAGCCAGAGCAACAGAUUGUAGCUUCUAAUACACAGUUGCAAAAUAACGGAUCAGACUAGUUAGAUUUGGUCUACAGAUGACAUGGCACGAAAACAAAACGAUAUGUGGAGAUAUUAAUGUAUACAAAGAAGAAAGACUGUUGCUAUGUAGUAUGUGCAGAGAGUGCUCUCAUAAAAUCAGGGAGGUUGCACCGUGCCACUGUAUUCGGGACCUGUUUUCGGGUACAAUUGUUGAUAUGCCCGCCCAGACGAAAAAGCCAACCUUCAGUCAAAUAUGCAAAGUAGCAGAGAAAUAGAUUUUCUGAAUGCCAAAUAUGAACGUAGCCUUGGGGAUUCCUCUCAGUUGUGCCGACUGUGGAUGCGACCAUGAUGACCAUGAUGGCGACUGUGGGUGCCCAUGUUCAGAGCUGAAAUUGCAAGGUGGAUCUGCAUUCCACGUGUGCAUGUGGUAGAAUGUCACCCUGCUGUCUCUCGGUCAAUGAAUUAAGCUUCCUGGGGACAAAAGAAGUGGGAUAGACUGUGUGUGUGUGUGGGGGGGGUCGAAGGAAAAGGCGAAAGGUUUCGCUCUAACAGCUUUGUGUUUCGUCCUUCAUUUCAUAUUUGUGCUAUGUCGUCUGUAGACUACUACCCUGAGAGAGCAGGAUCCAUCCGAUGUUACUAAAUGGGUGCGCACUGAACAGACAAGUACAUACGCCUGCGUACCAAUAAGUCGGGCGACUUUUUAUUAUAAUCUCCUUUCCUUACGCUCUCCAAUAAAAUUUAAGAAUUCUAUUGCUGAGCGUAGAGCAAGCUCUUAUUUUUGGACGUCAACAAGUAUACGCAUCUUCUGUGACAGGGCAAAACAAAGUAAGACGACGAACGGGAUUAAAUAUGUCCGUUUUGGCUAGGACACCACUAUGUCUGUCCGUAGCUCUCAGAACAUAUAAAAAGAAAGAGCAACGAGGACUCCAGUUACGGUCUUUGCAAUUGAUAAUUCGUGGCUGGCUUUACGACGCGAGAUAACUAUAUACGGUCUCUGCGGGCUGGAGGAUAAAGCUAAGCUUUUGUUAAGUUGCCAUCAGCGCGCGCACUUGCAAUUUUUACCGUCUGCAGAAUGAGUAAUUUGUAGUGGCUGCACAACGUUGAACAGGUAAACAGAAAUGCUGCGACAAUUCAUUCUGGGACAACCGCAGUUCGACGCAAUAAAACCAUCACCAGUCCAGACAAGAUGGUGUAGACAAAGGCAAUCUGGUGGAUCAUAUCCCUGAGGAGUAGAGUCUGAGCUUGGGCAACGAAGAAACACGACACACACACACGAGAGCUCUCGUCAGCUGUGUGUCGUGUUUCUUCGUUGCCCGAGCUCAGGCUCUACUCAUCAUGGAUACUUCACCAAUCCCUCUGUCACUACGUUAAUUGGACAGCCAAGCAUGCAGUUGUUAUGAGCGAGCCGCUGGUACCUCGACAACAGUCCGGCACCACUACCCCCCAGCCCUCCGAACCCUGCCCUCGUACUUCCAUGAGGUAUCAAAGACCGUCAAUCACGACGCUGUGCGAUUACCACCUUUCUAGUAGAAACCAUGCCAUCCGUUGGUUCCCAUAGGGUCAGAGGUCAAGUUCCCGUUUGCGAGCGUUGCCGAGUCCCACGACGUUCUAGCAGCUUUGCCACCAGAAAUUCUGCAAGAGGUUGCUGACAUGCAACAGUCCUCAACCCUACGUAUCCAAACUUAAACUUCUAUUGUGCAACAAGCGAUUAAAACAAACAUCUCUAUUCUCGGGGAGCGACCUUGCACAAACCAUAUCUUGGGGUAGGAAAACGGUUGUCCUAAUUUCCUUCAUCAAAGUUUGUUCCACACUUUUAUGGUACAUCACGUGUCCCAGGAGAGAAUUAGUCCCAGUGCGUAAUGCUCUGACCUUCCGCUGGCACUUCUGAACAAAUAAGUUAGUAUAAGCACUUGCACCAGCAUAUAAAAUGCAAUGCCUAGACCUGCUUUGGAUACAAUUCCAAUCGUGCUAAUUUUCCUUGAACUUGGUUCCAGCUGGUCGACGGUUAUGUGCUCAAGUGAUAUUCGUGUCGCUGUUCGUCAACCUACUCGCACAUUAUUCGGUCAGGCUGGACCACCACGAAGAAGUAUGCUUUAGCUUACUUUCUCAAAAUUUGCUAUUUGCUGUCGAAUAUAAUUUACAUUUUUGUGCAGCUGAGUAAUCCUGCUUACUGCCAUGACAUACUCGAUGUUAUUAGGACUAGAGCUUAAGCCAGAAUUGUCGUCACCUUACCCUAUUUUCGUUUACCCCCAGUUCCCAAUUACACAUACACAAAAAGUUAUACAGUUUCAAUGUCUGGGCUGCAUGUAUGUGGAUGUUCUAGGCGUACUAGUAUUGAUUAUUAUGUCCAUUCUGCAAGACGUUCUCAGGUGCCAAUUGCAUCACUAGUUCGAGUAUAUCGCGGUCAACUCGUAUGAAUGUUGCAAAUGCUAUGGUGGAUUAUGGUGUGUAGGCUGAGAAAAAGCCAAAUACCGCACAAUUGCACCCGACAGCUACAAGCCGGUGACUAGAGUGUAGCCUCUCGUAUUGCAGUACUGCGCCCAGGGCUGGCGACAGAAAUGAUGGGGUCUCAUAGAGCUCACCUCCCUUGUUGAACUGACGGGGAUCGGUACAGGUCGGUUUGCUCUACCCCCUUGCCCCCCUCAUCGCCGGCCCCGACUGUGCUGUCUUUGCCACAAAACAUCCUCGUUUUAGGUAAAUACACACAAACAGUCAUUCCUUGAACAAAGCUAUUCACAUAACUCUAUAUCCUUUAGGUACUUACCUUUCAAGCAUAGAGCAAAGCCUUUAGACACCACCCAGUUCCACUGUAAAAUGUUUACCUUUAUUAAUAACCGUUAGCAGUCAGCUAUGAGUCCACAUCAGAGUUCAGAGUAUAUGAGCUCACACGAUGGCAUCAACUAUUUCACUUUGCUUGGUUUCUUCUUUCCUUGCCGUGCCCAUACAUGCUUUACUAAAGUUACGCUGUCUUAUGUAUUCAAUAAUCGGCAUACAGUAGACUCUCGUUAAUUCAAACCCAGAGGGAGCACACGUUUUUGUUUGAAUUCGAAAGUUUGAAUUAGCAAAACUUUACCUACCUAUAUAUGCUGCAUGACAAAAUUAUGGCUCUUUAUCUGUGUAUCUGCACAUAUAAAGCACAUUUUUUAAUGUUCCCUCUUAAAACAUGUCUAUCGCAGUAUCAUCGACAUCCUCACUUGAAGUUGAGGACGACAUUUCAGUAUUUUCGAUACUCAAAGAUACUCAUAGUCGAAGACACGCGCAUUGAUAGAUCAGCUCUUACAGCGAGACUGAAGCGGAGCGUUCGGGCAGUUCGGGUCGGUUUCGGUCGCGCGCAUACAAACUCCGCCUUCCCGCACGCGCUUCUACGCAUGCGUCAUGUCGGGAGUGACCGUGGUAGUUAGUACGGUUAAUACAGUACGAAAUAUCGGGGGCGCCGGGCGCUCUGGAGACGGGAAGAACCAAAAACCAUGCAGGUUUGAGGCGAGAUGAGUACGGUCUGAAUUAUUGCACACGAAAAUACAUUGGUUCCAUGGGGUGUUUGACGCUGCCAACAGUUUUGUCCGAAAAAAAUGCAAGUCCGAAUGAUCGGUCGGCGACUGUAUUUCCCCCGCGAAGACAAUGUGCAGCACAUUUGAGGCAACUCACAUCCAGGAUGCGUGCAGCGGUGGACGAGGUCUGUGUAUGGGCAACCCAAGCGGCUGAAGUUUCGUUUUGUGCACGCGCGCAUUUUACGCUUAGUUCACGGUGCCCCAAGGAAUGGCGUAACCAACCGAAAACAGGAGCCACUUCGCGGGCUUCGUUUCGCCGCUUCCUCCCGGCAGAAACACUUUACCAGGGAACGAAAAGUUCGAAUUAAGCGAAGGUGGCUUAAGGAGCUUGUCAUUACAUUGAAAACAUAGCGGGCCCAACAAAAAUUCGAAACAAGUUUCAAAUAACCGGAAGUACGAAAUAUCGGGGUUUGAAUUAAUGCCAGUCUACUAUAAAUAAGUUUACACCUAAUUGUUACUGCGGCAUUUGGCAUUGUAUAAUAAGUAGCGUGCGCAAUCAAAAAGGCAUAUCAAUUGACUAGGAAUCACCCUAAUUAUUUCUGACUGCAUGAUUGAAGUGCCUACUCCCUGCUGAGAACAACAGAGAAGUCCAUGAUCCAAUGCAUGUUGUUACACCUGUAAUAACUGUUAGCACCAACAUUGAUACACCCAUGACAUGUUGCUGCUUCUCUGUAUUUGCUGCUGUUAGUUGCUACUCACCACAGUGUUAAUGCAUCAGUCGAAUGUGUCUUCUGUGUGUAUCGCACCAUUCAUUUUCAUGUUCGAUAUAAACAAGAUUCGCAUUCC